UCUCUCUUAUCGCACCACCUCCCUCAAAAAAUUAAAAAGAAAAACUCCUCCCUCUUAGAAAUUUCCGGCGGGGUGCUCUAGAGAUUGCCGGCCGAGCCUCGCGUCAGGAUGGCACCCACGGCGGCGGAGCAGAGCCAGCAGCACACGAGGAAGGCGGUGGGCCUGGCGGCGCGCGACGUCUCCGGCCACCUCGCCCCGCUCGCCAUUACCCGAAGGAGCACUGGAGAUGACGAUGUCGUCAUAAAGAUUCUGUACUGCGGGAUCUGCCACUCUGACCUGCACAGCAUCAAAAACGACUGGAAGGACGCCACGUACCCCGUGAUCCCCGGGCACGAGAUCGCCGGCGAGGUCACCGAGGCCGGCAAGAACGUGACCAGGUUCAAGGCCGGCGACCGUGUUGGCGUGGGGUGCAUGGUGAACUCGUGCCAGUCCUGCGAGAGCUGCGACAAGGGCUUCGAGAACCACUGCCCGGGCAUGAUCUUCACCUACAACCGGGUCGACCGCGACGGCACCGUCACCUACGGCGGCUACUCCAGCAUGGUGGUGGUGCACGAGCGCUUCAUGGUCCGGUUCCCGGAUGCCAUGCCGCUGGACAAGGGCGCGCCCCUGCUGUGCGCCGGCAUCACCGUGUACAGCCCCAUGAAGUACCACGGGCUGAACGCCCCCGGGAUGCACCUCGGCGUGCUCGGACUGGGCGGGCUGGGCCACGUCGCCGUCAAGUUCGGCAAGGCCUUCGGGAUGAAGGUGACGGUGAUCAGCUCGUCGCCAGGGAAGAAGCAGGAGGCCCUCGAGAGGCUAGGCGCCGACGCCUUCGUUGUCAGCAAGAACGCCGACGAGAUGAAGGCUGCGAUGAGCACCAUGGAUGGCAUCAUAAACACGGUGUCUGCAAACAUCCCCAUGGCCCCUCUCUUCGGGCUGCUCAAGCCCAACGGCAAGAUGGUCAUGGUCGGCCUCCCAGAGAAGCCCGUCGAGGUCCCUCCCUUUGCUCUGGUUGCCAAGAACAAGACCCUGGCCGGGAGCUUCAUCGGCGGCAUGAGGGACACCCAGGAGAUGCUGGACCUCGCGGCGAAGCAUGGUGUGACGGCAGACAUCGAGGUGAUCAGCGCCGAGUACGUGAACACGGCCAUGGAGCGCCUUGCCAAGGCCGACGUCAGGUAUCGAUUCGUCAUCGACAUCGGCAACACCCUCGACAAGGCCGCCGCCGCCGCCGAGUGACCGACUGACUGCCAGAUCAGCCUGACUGCCAGACAUAACUCAGCAAUGCUCACGGUCUACUUUGGCCUCUGGUCCUGUGCUAUUGUCAGUACUAUUAACAAUGAAGAAUGUAAAAUUCUUGUCAGUGAUGUAUUGUGCAAUGUUGUUCAUGAGAAAACUGCGUUGGCGGAUGGAUGGAAAGUUUGCUUCUUGACGGGAUAA